AUGGAAAAUCCCAGUGCUAGUCGAGGCCCUUCCAAACUGGAACAGGCCCAGCAACAGGUAAAUGAAGUUGUGGGCAUCAUGAGAGUGAAUGUCGAAAAAGUUCUCGAGAGGGAUCAAAAGCUGUCUGAACUUGACAGUAGAGCAGAUGCUUUACAAGAAGGUGGUAAACGCUUUGAACAACAAGCUCAGAAACUGAAAAGGAAGUACUGGUGGAAGAACAUCAAGAUGAUGAUUAUAAUAGUGUCCUUAACUGGAGGUGGUGAAAGUACCAAAGCCGUCACAAACGCUUCACCCACAGCUCAACCCUAA